AAUCCCUGGUAGAGAAGCGACAAUAGGCGGGAUUUCCUGUUGAAUUUAGCAUUGCGGCCUCUUGCUGAAGGGCACCUGUCUCAUUCUGUUUGCACAGGGGUCGUGUGUUAAAGGACCAUUAACUUAUCCAUCAUGGGAGGACACGACGCUGGAAGUCAGCACCAGUUCACUGGAAUUGCCAAAUAUUUCAACUCGUACACAAUCACUGGACGGAGGAAUUGUGUUUUGGCCACGCUGCCGUCACAGAAAAGUAGCAAUGUUUCCCUUUGCCCACCGGGGGCUGGCGGCGUCUGGACACGUUGUGUUAAAAUGUGACUGUUUGGUUUUCUCUUGUUAACAAUAAAAAACAUUUAUGCCCAGAACGUAGAAAA